AAUCUACUUUGGAAGGUAGAGCAGAGAUGGGGUGACAUCAAAGUGUUCGUUAUUUGCAAGAAGAACUAUAAUUUCAUUUGUGAUGCAACAUAUAUAACCACACACCACAUCUCCCCAGGACAUUCUGUUGACUGAAUUUUGAUAUUUCACUCCGUUCAAUCCCCCCUAUUUGAAUAGAGAGGGAUUGAUUCAAAACGCAUCGCUUUAAAAGCGGGAUUAUCAGUUUUUGUACACCAACCCCGGUGGGAAAUGUAAAUUCAUUUUUUCCCCACAACGCCGUAUCAUCGCAUCUUCUGCACUUACACGCGGGGCUAAUUAAUCCGCGCUAUAUUGCUUUCGCUCAAUCAAUUAACAAUAGUCUGGUGAACAAUUGACCCUGAGCCGGUGGAUGCAUCGUUUGUGUGUGUGUUUGUGUGUUGACUUCAUCCAGGGACAAUAGGUAUCAUCAGUUUACUGGAGGUUGGUGGACGGGAGAGAGUGGCGCCGAUUCAGAACCAGUGCGCUGUCAGGGCUGUCCCUAACUGAGGAAAAGUGGUGUUUAGAUAUACUUACAAUUUCGGACGAGAUCAUCUUUGGAAAACAGAGUGCUCUGAUACACCUUUUGAAAAUUAAAAUUGGUUUUUCAUCGCCUCUAUUCUGAUGCUGAAUUCCGCUGUUCGGUCCCACAUGUUGAAUUUGCCGUCAUAAAGCACACAGACCCUAACGUUACCGACCCGAAUAAAGAUCCACCUGCUAUCCCUUGGCAUCUACAAUAAGGCAUUCUCCAUGUGCGACCAUUCGCGAUCGAUUGGCGCACUAACGGCAGGACUCUGACUCAACGUUUAUCAAUCAUGCACUACUUGUCGUUUUCACCGCGCUGGUAAGUCGUGCGACACCCCGCUUUAUUUAGAGAAGCAACAGCUGACUGGAGAACGUUAUUGAUUUCAUUUCGUGUUAAAAAUUUGAAGUCACAUUUAUUGGAUAAAUAAUAACGGUCUAUUCAGCGCAUUAUCAGCAAAGAUUACUUAGUGACUGCUUUACCAAACGUGCUGUCUGCAGGCCAUUCUCGUAAAGGGAUUCGUUUAUCGGGGAACCUGAUGCGACUUUUUCGCCAAUAGAUAUUUCGAAACUAUAUAUCACCAUGUAGAAAACUAAAACCAUUAUGGUGUUUCUUAACCUGUUGUAAAGCUUUUCUGAAUGUAACCGUAAAUGUUAUUAGUUACUACCGACGUGCCUUAAUAUAUAAAGAUUUAAAAUACGAUACCAAAUUGCCAUGGAUCAAUUGCUAAAGUUAUCCAGAGGACGUUUGAAGUUCUUUGGUUUACUCAUUGUAGCAGCGGUGGCUAUGCCUGCUUCAGGUGUUGACGUUGGGAAAGGAGCUGUUGAAGUAUCGCUACCCGCUGUUACCGAUGAAUUGCCAGAGCCCGAGGGCGUCCUAGAUGGAGAUUGCAUGAACAUCUCUUUGAAGAACAGCGAUUGGAGCUGGAAUGGCGUCGAUGGACAACAGGCAGAAGGAGAAACGGCACUGCUGCUCAGGAGACUGAUCAAAAGACUAAACAAUGCGACUCAACGAAUCCACGAUGACAAUCCCAAUCUGAAUUCGACACAGUUCAUAAAUGUUGUAGCCAGUCGCUCUUCCCUGUUGUUGUUGAAGAUCAAAUCGUUCGCCCGUGUCUUUGGCCAGAUAAACUCCUUCUAUGGAUACACUUGCCGGAACGGAAAGGAUCUCCUGCGACAUGCCCUCAACAGAAACAUAACCGCAGAUGAAUCUGAAGAUUUCGAUGACGAGCUAGCUGAAGAGAUAGAUGCUGCUAUCCAUGAGGUUAUGGGUGAUGAUAAUGGGGAUGCAGAAGAAGGCGGUGAGGCGGAGGAAGAGGAAAGUGGUGGGGAAGAAACGGAGCCAGGUCGUGGUCCAGGUCCGAAACCUAACAGCAAAUCACUUGGAAUGCAGAACAAGACACUUGCCAUACGAAAAAGAAACAAAAUUGCAGUCAGGAUGUUCAUCAAGAAAGCUCUCGUUGCUUUGUUCCUGUCACAACAUCGGUUCAAAGGGUCUAGGAUGUCUCUGCAAGAAGUUAUCCAGCGACUUGGAGAAGAUGGGAGACUCGGAAGCAUAGACCAGAGCAAGCCGAGACACGUAGGUGGAAGGAAUGAAACCGCGGAUAGCACGGAGGUAGCUGGGGAUGAUGACGGCUUGACAGGCAUAAUGGGUGAAGACUCAGACGAGAUUAUGGAUAUCUUCGAAUCCGUAGAAUGGUUUGAUGACGAGGGCGACAACUCCGACGUUGAAGAUGAGGAAGAGGUCCGCAGGAAAUUCACACUUGAAGGAUACCUGCUCAAGCUUAUGUCUGUGUAUGUCAACAAGAGUGCUUCGUGCGCGAGACGGGUCACCAGGUUCAUCAGGCAGAGAGCCAAGCACCUACCGAAUAAGACAGACGAUGAAGAGGAAUUCACUGAUCUCUGGAAAGAUUACAUGAAAUUGGUUCGUCAGAUGAAUGUUUCGCGGCACCAGCAGGCCAGCGAUGGUUCACUGCGUAACGGAGGGGAGAACUCUUCGAGCGAAGUUGAAGUGCAAACUGGGAAUCCCCUGCAGGAGGAUGGACCUCUUGUCUCCAGGAUUCGUAACAUCACGCAACGACUCGUUGAAGGUAAAUGGAGCGGAAAGGGGGGCAUCGAGGGUCGCUUCUAUGUGGUUGUAUUGAAAAUGGCUCAAGUGAUCAAUAACUGGGGAAAGGCAGGCUUCUUGACCAAUGGAACAUACUUCGACGCUAAUUGUUCGCCUGGUCGAUCGUCGAGUGAGGGUGCCACGACAACUUGUCGCAUAUGUCCCACAGAUGCCUCCAUUGGGAACCUUCGAAUGCUUCUCUCUGAGCUAGAUGACACCAUCGAAGAAGUCUAUGAUGAUAUCAGGGACAGAGUGGAUAGACUGACUAAAGGAACACCAAAAGAAAAACUGACAGGGAUGUUCACAAAACCACGGCGACUUCUCAAUACGCACGGCGCCGACUGCUUCGCCCUAACCUUCGCAACAAAAGACUGGCGUCUGUUUCAGUAUGAGAGCCUCAGUGGAAAAACGAAGGAUGGUGGAGACGAAGGUAAUAGUGAUGAGGGCGAAACUGAUUUGGAAGAGGAUGAUGACGAGGAAAACAUUGGUGAUGUCGCAGACGAAAACGAUCAGGGAGAGGCAAAUGCGACGGCAAAUGUAGAAAGCGAAGUGGACCAGAAAGGGACAGAUAGAAAAGAUGGUCACCAGGCCCGUAGGUCACCUUUUCCACGUGCAAGGAAUAUUCUUAACAGCCAAAGUAGACAGAUUCGGAUGAUCACUAGGGAUAUUACUAUUGGAAGGAUUGUGCGGCUUAUUGUGAGGCAAUCUGCAGUUCGCAUGCUAAAGGUUCUGACCUUUGAAAGAGUUUUUAAAAUGAUUCACAGAUCAAACAGUUUUAUUUGUACGAAUGCAGAGCCUCUCAUGAGGGAAGCACUAGGGCCUAACGCAACAUAUCUAGAAUUGUCAAACAUGUCGGCAGUUCUAAAGGCUAUCAAUCGAACGAUAGCCGAAGUUCGUAAGGAAAGUACCCCAAUUUCGAGCUCCAGUUAUAGCAAAUCUGGAUCCGUGUCAUGGUUAACCGACACUGGUCGGUAUCAAGACCGUGAUCGGGAAGGGUCAGAACCAUCAGGUUCACUAGAAGAUCCCAGGCCAGAGUCAAGAGAAGGGUCUCCUUCAUCGGGUUCACGAGAACGCAUCGGACCAGAGUCAAGAGAAGGGUCACGCCAAAGUUAUGAGAGUGGAUCGAGCGAUGACGGCUACAAAGCAAAGAAUCCAAUGAAGACACUAGAGGUGGAGGAAAGACAAAGUCUUUUGCAACGAUUCAGGCAAGCAGCAAUAAUUGGAUUAUUCUCUGCGCCUCGGAGAAUAAAUAACCAAAGACUGUCUCUUUCCGAGUAUGUAGCGAUGUUGGCUUCUUUUUGUCAACAUCAGAGACGUGGACCAAACUCAGUGUUCCGUGACUUAGACAAAUGGUUACAAGAAUAUAGGGAGAAUGUGAAUGCACGUAACUAUACCAUUAACAAACACAACAAAUCACUUACAUUCUUAAAGCCAGGAGUACGUCCUCGAAUUAUCACAUCAAGGCGAGAAAGGUAUCGUCAUGGCCAAAGAAUGGAGAUUAUUACUUCAUCCUCUUUCAAGUUUUGUUUGCCUGACGAUAUUCAUGGCUACUGCGGUAACAGGGAGGAACGCUACGGUAAGGUGAUUGAUAGAUUUAUAGGAAUGUCUAGCAGUGCCAACACAUCAGUUGUAAAGGAAGUAGACAGAGAUAAACACGAGAAGGCUAAGGCAGAUGAGACGAAGAUGGAACAUUUUACCAUUGAAGAAUUUCUUUUAGAGCUGAUGAUAUCCAUGUCCACGAAGACUUCUUCCUGUGCGAGUAGAAUUAAUCGUGCCUUGCGAUUACAUGGAAAGCCUGUGUUUGGUGUUCCCAGAAUGAAAAAAUACAAUGGUACAAGAGCUAAUCCGGAACCUCGUAGUGCAAAGGGCAUUGCUGUAACGCGGACGCCCGGGAAGAAAUCGGACACACCUGGAUCUGAACAUUUUGUCUACAAACAUAACAAGAGUUCGAAGAUGUAUAAGGAGUACUUGGAGAGCAUGAAAUCUUGCCGAGGAUCCGACUUUAUCGAACGUCGGCUGGAAGGCCACACAUGGGGUGAAACCUACCAAAUAAGCUUGUUCUACUUCAAGGUCUUAAUGAAAAUUUCAGAGAUGAUAGACAUAUGGGGACGUUCCAUGCGGGAAGGAGGAGAAACCUUAUACAAUACAUCAUGCCAACAAAACGAAGACGGCGACGUGUUAACAACAUGUAAGGUAUGUGUUAGAGAGUCCGCAGUCGGUACUUUCGAAGAUCUUGUUGGCACUAUCGACGACAUCCUUAGAUCAACCAAGGAGACUUUAGCAACGGGUGUCAACGACUGGAAACAGCUCGGGGUAUCUAAAAAUAAUGGAACCUUUUGGCAAAAUGGUGAUAAAGAAAGAAAGGGUCAAAAGGGUGACGAUGACGAAAGGAAAGGAGCUGAAGGGAAAGGGACAAGCGAAGAAACUGAUGGAAUGCCAGGCAGAAGACCUGAUGGCAACCCCGGAAGAAACCCAGGAGGAAGAUCAGAUCACAGAACAGGUAAAUACUAUUCAUAAACAAACAAACAAAACAUCAACCACAAGAGGAUAUUGAUAAAAGAUAGCGAUGAAUAAAAAAAGUGAUAUAUAUAUAUCAAGGGACAGGUCUCGCGUAUAUCAAAAGAAACACUCCAUUUCCCUUUAUAAUGGAAGGGAUGGAGCUGAAAUUAUCAGUUUUCCUUAACGAUUCAUAAAUCGUCACUUUAGCAUAUUCUAAUUUAAAACAUGGAAAAUGGACGAAUGGUCCCAAGUUAGAGAUAAGUUAUCAAAGUCCAGACGAAGGGUGCCUUAUUGUAUCACAGAUCAGCGCAAAGUCAACGUAAAAAAAGUUUACAAGAGGAUUUAUUUGUUGUCGUAAUUAAAAUGCCGAAAUCCGAAUCAAAGGGAUAAAUAAAAGUUGUACUCACCUUACAUGUACGUAGAGGAGUAGCAUCCAUUAAUUGUGACAUAAUUAGUCGUUCCAUAAUUUUUGUCUCGCCUACAUAGCGAGACUAUAGGCGCCGCUUUUCCGACGGCGGCGGCGGUGUCAACAGUAAAUCUUAACCGAAGGUUAAGUUUUUGAAAUUACAUCAUAACUUAGCAUGUAAUUUAUAUAGACCUAGUUCAUGAAACUUAGGCUUGGCGGUUAAUAAGUAUUACUGAAUAUCCUGGCAAAUUUUCACGUUACGUGCCUAAGGUCAAAGGUCAUUUAGAUUUAAUGAACUUAGACCAUGUUGGGGUAAUCAACAUCGAAAUCUUAACCUAAGGUCACGUUUUUGAAAUGUCGUCUUAACUUAAAAAGCAAAUAGACCUAGUUCAUGAAACUUGAAAGAAAGGGUAUUAAAGUACUACUGAAAAUCCUGUACGAUUUUUUAGGUUAUACGACUAACGUCAAAGGUCAUAUAGGGUCAUUGAACUUUGGCCGUGUUUAGCAAAUUUCGAUGGCACGGGUUUUAACAUGCACAAAAGGAAUAUAAGAUGAUAUUAGUUUAAACAAAAUAGGGAUGGACGGACGUGGGGCGGGCGGGCAUUGGAAAAAAAAAAGAAGUUCACAAAGAAGAUAAAAAGAGGAGGAAGGAUAAAAAAAAAUUUACCUGCUGUUUUGAAAACAAAAUUAUGUCAAAAUCUACACAAAAGUAGAUUUUCAAUUUUUUGUUUCAUCGAGAUACUGAUGAACAAAAAGAAUCACUACAAUUUUAUAAGGGUUACCUUAAAAUAUCACAAUUUAAUUUUCUGCCAAGAUCGGUGCUUAUGUACCAUAAAUUUAGGCACAUUUUGUGGGGAGAUCACAAAUACCCAAGGAGACAGCAUAUGCAGGACUUUCAUGUGGUUUUACAUGAAAUUUCAUAGAUUCUAGGGUGACACGACAUGUGCUUCAGACCUGCAACAUUUGCUCCGGUCUUGAUUAGAGUUAGGAUUGUAAUAGGGCAAUUCCAUAAAAUAUGUACGUCCGAUCCCUUUAUAUGUGGGACCUUCAUGAAUUUUCUGUAUCCGAUUUGUUGUCCUUAUAGCAGUUCGUAAUGUUCUCAAAGGACCAUGACUUUGUCAGUUUAUGCAGUGAAGUAAGACUUGAGAAAAAUGGGGGUCGGACGUACGAAAAGGUUGAUUAUUUCAUGGAAUUGCCUAAUAGAGUUUUUGGUCCAGAAUAGUGCAAAGAUAAGGAUUAUGGUUUAUUAGCUUUGCUGGUUAAGUUUCAAUGUCCAUCGGAGCAAUUGUCAUGGAACUGAUUCUACAACACAGAAACAUCGGGCCCGUUGCAGAGAAAAAAUGUGAUCAAUCGCAACUCAAAGCAUCAGUCCCAACUUGUAUUUCAACCAAUGAAACAUUCGUAAUAAGGAAAUAAAUUUCAUUUAUUCAUCUAUCGGACAUCCCGUAUACCAGGGACCCCGGAAUAAUUUUUCUUAAGUUUUAAUACAGAUGGGGGUGCUGGAUUGUUAAAAGCAAAAAACACAAACAAACAACAACACCCCCC